AUGAAAAGACAAAGAUCUUCCGAGAGAAAGGACCAGAGUGUGUCUAAGAGGCGCCGUAUAGACGUCUCUUCAGAUGACAGUCGUCAGUGGUACGAGGUGAUGCUUGCCCUAGCGGCCAAAUCAGCUUAUGAGUUGAUCCAUGCCAUCAACAAGUCUGAGGAGCGUAGGGAGCUACCCACCAUACCUCAACCUACGCACCAGAUGGAGUGGUUGGCUAGAGUCAAUUUUGAGCACAGAUCCAUGCGCCGUAACGUACCAGAACAGAGACGUCAUAAAGUUUCCAAGAAACAAGACCUGAAUUCCUCUUUUUACGUGUACUAAAGAGGAGGAGAAGUUUGAUAUGGGACAGAUAGUUUGCAAGAAUCUGAGACAUACCGACUGCCACAACCAUCUCAGUACCGUGCACUGACUGUACUUGUAUUUUGUGUACCACACACUUUCUAUGGACUAAAGUGCCUGACUUUACAUAGUGCUAUUUUACCAUCUCAGUUCUAACGCCACAGCCAUCAUAGUACCAUGCACUGACGAUGCUUGUAAUUAAUGAAACACACCUUUCAUGGACCUAUAUGAGUUUGACUACACGUACUAACUUAGUGUGUUUUAAUAUAACUAUUGCAGCGUUACUAUGCCCAGGCCUUUUUAUGCUUUGCACUUUACCAGGCGCUGUGUGUGACUUUGCAUAGACAUUGGUAUAGAAGACUUUUGCUGCGUGUGUAGCGGCAAAGUUUUAUGUGCCGUUAUUUUUAGA